UCAUGCUGCUUUUGUAACCAAUUAACCGUGCAUUCGUUUCGUUUCUCCCCUGGUAGCUUUGCAGAGAGCUGGAGUUUCUUUUUAAUUCAAAUAAUGGCUGAAGUGGAUUACCAAACAAAGCCAAAUAAUAGUGCAACUACAACCACCAACCAUAACAACAACGUACGUCUAAAGCUCUUUGGCUUCAACGUCUCAGAAGAAGAGGAGGUAGAUUCAAGCAAAACAAGAUCAGAGUCACCGGAAUCCGGGGUUUUCCCCGCCAGCGAUGGCCGGAAAUACGAGUGCCAGUACUGCUGUCGUGAAUUCGCAAACUCACAAGCGUUGGGUGGCCAUCAAAACGCUCACAAAAAGGAAAGGCAACAACUCAAGCGCGCCCAAAUGCAAGCAGGUCGAAACUCUGGUGCUUCUUACGUCCGAAAUCCCAUGAUAUCUGCCUUCGCUCCUCCACCUCACCUCCUCGCUCCCGCGACCCCGCUAGUGGUUCCGGCAGCGGCGCACCAAUCACAUCCCUGGGUCUACGUAUCAAGGGCUGCGCCGCCCUUCCACGUGUCUCACGGCUGUGUCUUCCCUUCUGGUGGUGCCGGGAGAGCACCGGCUUCGACACUUACGUACGCAGGAGGGGAUAUGAUGAGUUUGGGAGAGUCAAGGACAACGCCGAUGAUGAUGACGUCGACCACGACGAUUGGGUCUCAUUCUUAUUCUCAUUCUCAGGUUUCACCUCAUCAUCACCAUCAUCAACAUCAUGAGUCUGCGGUUGUCCCUUCGUUGAGUAGGUUCUCCACAUCAGGUGGUGAUGGGGAUUGUGGCGGUGGUGGUGGGUCCAAUUUCGAUGAUCCUUUCGGCUUGGAUUUGCAUCUCAGCCUUGCACCAGCUGCGCCUUAAUUAGACUCUACUUCAUCAGUUAGC